GAAAAUCUUCUUCUCCCGUUCUCCUCCUCUGCUUCUCUUCUCCUUAUAUAACGAGGAAGUCAGACUGAGACGCCCACACACACAGGGGGAGGAGGGUCUGGCAAUGGCGAGAGCACUUAGGGUUUUCAGCUACGGCGCCGUUCUUUUCGUCUUGCUCGCCAUCGCCUCCGUCUCAUUCGCGGAGGAAGACGCCGCCCAGGAGGCGGCCGCUCCCGCGCCGGAGUCCGUCCUGACGCUUGACCACUCCAAUUUCUCGGAGACGGUCAAGAAGCACAAAUUCGUCGUGGUCGAGUUCUACGCCCCUUGGUGUGGUCAUUGUAAGAAUCUUGCACCAGAGUAUGAGAAGGCUGCAACUGUUCUGAAAAGUCAUGAUCCUCCAGUUGUUCUUGCUAAAGUUGAUGCCAAUGAUGAAGCAAAUAAAGAUCUUGCCAGUGAGUAUGAUGUAAAAGGUUUCCCAACUCUCAAAAUCUUAAGGAAUGGAGGAGAAAAUGUUCAAGAGUACAAAGGUCCAAGAGAUGCUGAUGGCAUAGUAGAAUAUCUAAAGAAGCAAGCUGGUCCUGCAUCAGCUGAAAUAAAGUCAGUUGAGGAUGCUGGUAAAAUUAUUGACGAUAAGAAAGUCUUCAUUGUUGGUGUCUUUUCAGAAUUUUCUGGGGAGGAAUUUGAGAAUUUCAUGGCAUUGGCUGAGAAGCUACGUUCUGACUAUGAUUUCGGUCAUACAUUGGAUGCAAAGCUCCUUCCCCAUGGGGAUUCACCCAUAAAAGUACCUGCUGUUAGGUUGUUUAAGCCAUUUGAUGAACGUUUUGUUGAUACUCAGGAUUUCCAUGUUGAAGCAUUGGAGAAGUUUGUUGAAGCAGUUAGUGUUCCAAUAGUAACUGUUUUCAACAAAGAUCCAAGCAACCAUCCCUACGUCCUGAAGUUUUUUAACAGCAACAAUGCUAAGGCUAUGCUUUUUGUGAACGUCUCUACUGAAAAAUUUGAGAGCUUCCAGUCUAAAUAUCAUACUGCGGCUGUGGAAUACAAGGACAAGGGUGUGAUCUUUUUGCUUGGUGAUCUUGAGACUAGCCAGGGGGCUUUUCAGUAUUUUGGUCUUCAAGAAGAUCAAGCUCCACUUAUCCUGAUACAAAAUGUGGAUGGCACAAAGUUUCUUAAGGAAAGAGUAGAACCAGAUGAUGUUGCUUCUUGGUUGAAAGACUAUAAGGAAGGGCGUUUGAAACCAUUCAGAAAGUCUGAACCUAUUCCAGAAGUGAAUGACCAACCUGUUAAAGUUGUUGUUGCUGAUAGUCUCCAUGAUGUGGUCUUUAACUCAGGAAAGAAUGUAUUACUUGAAUUCUAUGCACCUUGGUGUGGGCAUUGCAAGAAAUUAGCUCCAAUUUUGGAUGAAGUAGCUGUAUCAUUUGAAAGUGAUGUGGAUGUUGUAAUUGCCAAGAUUGAUGCAACUGCAAAUGAUUACCCGAUGGAUAUUUUUGAUGUUAAAGGUUAUCCUACAAUGUAUUUUUCGUCCGCAAACGGCAAGAUAGUGCAGUAUGAAGGGGAUAGAACUAAAGAAGACAUCAUUGAUUUUAUUCAGAAGAACAAGGACACAAUUGUACAAGCUGAAUCCGUAAAAGAUGAUGUACCAGUAAAAGAUGAGUUAUAGUCUAUAGGUAAUUCUCUAAGAAAUUUGCUUUAUGAGCUCUAACCAGUUAGAGGUCAAGGUGGGGAGGCGUUGGAUGAAGAAUGGAGUUCCUUUCUUCACCUUCUCAACAACAGGCACGAGGACUUGUAACUUGAAGCUUUUACCGCAUUGAGCUUACUAUUCGGCAUCUGGGUAGCUUACUUUCAAUAAAGGGGUCACUUGCUUUCGUCAUGUCCUGCAGAACGACGUUUUUUGUUAGAUGUAGAAUAUUUAGAUUAUGCUAUUAAGUUAUGCUAUCACUUUUAUC